AUGUUGGAGCUCCUGUGUUUGUGCCUGCUGGUCCUGUGGAGCCCGGCGGAGGGGGGGCCCCUGACCGACCCCCACCCCAACAUCACGGACCAGGAGCUGUUCUGGGGCUCCGACCAGUACGAGUUCUCCGUGGUGAUCCCCGCCAAAGGCCUGGAGUGCUUCUGGCACUUCGCCCACCUCGGAGAGAAGUUCUACCUCAGCUACAUGGUGCAGUGGGUGACCGGCGUCGGCCACGACAGACACCUGACCGUCACCAUCAACGCCCCCAGCGGCCUGCUGCUCACCAACAUCGGCGACGCCCUGGGGCAGGCCGACUUCGAGGCGUCGGAGACCGGUUUCUAUCAGAUGUGUUUCAGUAACUUCCACAACCGCUUCGGCUCGCUGCAAGUCUUCCUGAGCUUCGGCGUUUACUACGAGGACGACCAGGACAAACCCAGGGGGACGGAGCAGAGGGACAAGGAGCUGAACGACACGCUGAGCGUCAUCGAGAGCGCCACCCACAGAGUGGAGGCCUCCGUCUUCCACAUGUUCCGCUACUACAGCUUCGGCCGCAUGAGGAAGAGCGCCGACUACUACAUGCUGCGGUCCAACUCGCGCUACGUCAGCCACUGGUCGCUGGCGCUCACCCUCCUCAUCGUCACGUCCGGCUACCUGCAGCUGGCCUUCCUCAAGAGCCUCUUCACCAGCAAGGCCGGCACGGGCGAGGACAAGCCCCGCUGCUGA